UAUAGCCAAACUUACAUCUAUAGGCCAUAAAUUAAGAUGUUUUAGAUUAUUCUGAAACAAUAGUUAAUACGAUUAUGUCUAGGGUGAGAUAUGAAUCAACUCUUUCUUGCACUGUGACAUGUUGCCCCCUACUGACGCAUUUUAAAGCUUUGUGGCUGACGUCACGCCUCGUGUGGCAGACAGUGCUCUAUCUGCCCCCCUUUCUGCGUUUACCCCCUCUCCAUCUCUCCUCACUCCGGACUGAAGUUGCGGGACAGCCGGGAGCUGGCAAUAUCUUUUCUCUCUAUUUCUACACCCAAUCUUAUUAGUCAACCUGUAUGGUGGAUUUAAUAUUCAGAUCUUCUUUUUUGGAUGAUAUGGGGGAUCAUUCCAAAAAGAAGUCCGGACUUGCGAUGUGUGUAGGCUGCGGCAGUCAGAUUCAUGAUCAGUACAUCCUGCGCGUCUCCCCAGAUCUGGAGUGGCACGCAGCCUGUUUAAAAUGUGUCGAGUGCAAUCAAUACCUGGAUGAGACAUGCACUUGCUUUGUACGGGACGGAAAAACAUACUGCAAGAGAGAUUAUGUAAGAUUGUUCGGUAUAAAAUGCGCAAAAUGCAAUCUGGGGUUUAGCAGCAGUGAUUUGGUGAUGAGAGCUCGAGACAGUGUUUAUCACAUCGAAUGUUUUCGCUGCUCGGUGUGUAGCCGGCAGCUUUUGCCCGGUGAUGAGUUCUCUGUCCGGGACGCCGAAUUGUUAUGUCGAGCAGACCAUGGUCUCUGUCUGGAACACGGACCAGCAGGCAGUCCCCUUAGUCCGCGAAACAUCCACAGCAGAGCCUUACACAUGGCAGCUGACCCAGUGUCGGUCCGACAAACUCCGCAUCGGAAUAACAUGCACAAGCAACCAGAGAAGACCACACGGGUAAGGACUGUGUUAAACGAAAAGCAGCUGCACACUUUAAGGACGUGCUACAACGCAAACCCGCGUCCAGAUGCGCUCAUGAAGGAGCAGCUGGUGGAGAUGACAGGACUGAGUCCGCGGGUCAUUCGAGUUUGGUUCCAAAACAAACGCUGCAAGGACAAGAAGAGAUCAAUUCUCAUAAAACAGUUACAGCAGCAACAUGGCGAUAAGACGAAUCUGCAGGGUAUGACGGGUACCUCACUGGUUGCAGGCAGCCCAAUAAGACACAAUCCUACACUAGGACACCCGGUGGAAGUGCAGACUUAUCAACCGUCCUGGAAAACUCUCAGCGAAUUUGCACUCCAGAGUGACUUAGAUCAGCCGGUCUUUCAACAGCUGGUCUCUUUCUCGGAAACCGGUUCUUUAGGAAACUCAUCUGGCAGCGAAGUGAACUCUCUUUCAUCACAUUUACCAGACACACCGAACAGCAUGGUACCGAGCCCGGUGGAAACGUGAAAACUAAUGGUGGACAAUUUCACUGCAAAUCGUACUCUCUUGUAACCCUCAACACCGACGUGGGAAACUCUUUUACCAUUACCGGACAGCUCCAUCAGACGAGUUGCACGUAUUGCUCUGACAGCAAAGGACCCCUUUUUUGUCCGUAAAACGUCACCAAAUUAUGGGUCUGGAAGUAAAAUUAUGGAAAGUGAAACUAGCAAACCUACCUUAAUUGAGGGACCAUGCUCACUCGAAAUGGAUAUUCGUUAUUCGUAAUGAAAGCUGUAUUUGUGAUUUCUGGACUUUUUGAGGCAUGUCUUUUGGAAAGACUCGAUUUCAGAAGAAGGGAUUUUUUUCUUCAUGAAAUGUAACUGUGGACCAUUUGAGUCUCUGAACAAAAUUAAAUUAUUGUUAUUUAUUGUCACAUAAAUUUGCAAAAAAUAAAAACAG